CAGUAUCAGGCGUCUCGGCAUCCCCUGCUGCCAUGAGCUCCAGGGCCCCUGCCCCCCUGCUGCUCCUCAAGCUGCUGCUGUCGCUGCUGCUGCUACAGGUCAGCCUCAUCAACAGCCUCCGACAAGAAACCGUGGACCUGGCUAAACAAACACAGGUGGGCCUGGAAGUCAGCGCCGUUACCAACCAGGGGGAGAGCCACCGGCCUCUGCGGCGAAGCAAGAGGAGAUGGGUUGUCACCACCUUGGAGCUGCAGGAGGAAGAUCCCGGACCCUUUCCCAAGUUAGUUGGAGAGCUGUUAAAUAAUAUGUCAGAUAACAUGGCACUAAUGUAUUUAAUCAGUGGACCUGGUGUGGAUAAAUAUCCGGAGAUUGGUUUGUUUUCUAUAGAAGAUCAUGCGAAUGGAAAAAUCUAUGUUCACCGCCCUGUUGACCGAGAGACAACGCCAUCUUUUACGAUUUACUUCGAUGUUGUGAGUCGUUUGACAGGAAAGCACGUGGACAACUCCUUGAUCUUCAUCAUCAAGAUCAGUGAUGUGAACGACCAUGCGCCCCAGUUCCCCGAGAAUGAAUUCAAUAUCAGUGUGAGAGAGAGCCACGCAGCAGGUCAGCCUAUUCUUCAGAUGUUAACGGUUGACUUGGAUGAAGAAAACACUCCAAAUUCUCAAGUCCUUUACUUCCUCAUUUCACAAACACCGUUACUGAAGGAAAGUGGCUUCGAGAUCGACCGUGAGAGUGGAGAAAUCCGACUCUUGGGAUGCUUAGAUUAUGAGACUGCUCCUCGGUUUACACUACUAAUCAGAGCGAGGGACUGCGGGGAACCGCCACUGUCGGCCACGGCCACGGUUCAUGUCAGCGUGCAGGACGGCAACAACCACAGGCCCACGUUCACCCAGGAGAACUACAAGAUUCAGGUUCCUGAAGGCCGAGUCAGCCCGGGCGUGCUGCGUCUCCCGGUCCAAGACCGUGACUCGCCAUUCACGUCAGCUUGGAGAGCAAAGUUCAACAUAUCCAAUGGCAACGAAGAGGGACAUUUUGACAUUUCGACUGACCCUGAGACCAACGAAGGGAUACUACAUGUUAUCAAGGCUUUGGAUUACGAAACUCAUCCCACCUGCAGCCUGGUCAUUGCCGUGGAAAACGAGGAGCUGCUCAUCCCCUGCGAGGGCGGCGAGCUGGGGAAGCCCAGGAGGAGGACUGCAGCCAGCGCCACGGUGCUCGUGCAGGUGACAGACACCAACGACCCGCCAGUCUUCCACCCCAGGAGCUUGGUUGUCAGUGAGGUCGAAGGCGCCAGGCCUGGGACUCGCUUGGGAAGGUUUAAUGCUACAGACCCAGAGGGAAGCGGCAGCCAGAUAAGGUACGAGCUGGUUCACGAUCCUGCAAACUGGGUCACGGUGGACGAGCACUCGGGAGUGGUCGUCGCCAGGCAGCGGCUGGACCGGGAGUCCCCUCACGUGAACAAUGGCGUGUAUGUCAUCAUUGUACACGCUGUUGAUGAGGGCCACCCGCCGCAGACGGGGACCGGGACACUGACGCUCCUCCUGGCCGACAUCAAUGACAACGCCCCGCGUCUGCACCCGCGCUCACGGUACCUGGUGGUCUGCGAGUCCUCAGAGCCCGAGCCCCUCCUCAUUGAGGCAGAGGACGGCGGCGGGGAGCCCUCCUCGGACCCGUUUACUUUUGAACUGGACACCACGCAGGGACAUGCAGGAGACACGUGGAAACUGGGGGAAAAUCGGGGUCGGUCGGUUGAACUUUUAAUGCUGAGAAGCCUGCCUCGUGGCCAUUACUCAGUGCCGCUUUCCAUCGGAGGCAGACAGGGGCUCUCCCAGAAGCAGACUGUCCACGUGCGCGUCUGUUCCUGUCCUGGCGGAGCCACGUGUGCGGCGGAGCCGUUAGCGGCAGAACCACGGCCCUUUGUGGGGGUCCUUGCUCCUCUCGGCCUGGUGUUCCUGGCUGUGGCAGCUGCUCUGCUUCUCCUGCUGCGAUGCGAUUGUGUGAAUGGAGGCAAGAGGCACAGACGCCCGGCCCUGCACGAAGAGGGCCAGCAGACCCUGAUCAGGUACAACGACGAGAGCAGAGCCAUCUCAGGCCAGCUUGGGUCAGAGGUCAGGAAUCAGAUGCCAGCCCUGCCAAUCCACACGGCGGAGGAAGGUGCCGAGCUGGGUGCUAAGGUUUACCUGGGUACCGGGGUGCUCAGACAAUCCCUGGACGUGAGAGCGGAAGUGAUGGCGGAGAUCCUGCAUCAGAAGCUCUUUGGGCUCCACGAGCUGGCUGCAGACCCGGGGUCCCUGCCUCACAUCUACAUGGAGGAGGGGGAUCUGGAAGGGGCAGAAAGUCUGAGCUCACUUGCCUUCUCAGAACACACGCCGCUGCCCAGCCUGCUGGACUGGCUGGGGCCCAGCAUGGAAGAAACGCAUCCCAGCACAUCUCCUGCCAGUGCAAGGCUUUAUGGCCCAUUGAACUAA